CAGAUAGAUGCAUCCAUGCAACGUCACUCUCACGCCAUCACAGCUACCAUGUCAUGGCGCUCCCUUGCCGCUCAUGUGCUUUGGACCUGCCUGGCGAGCGGGAGCUUCUUCGGAACGGCGGGCGAGGUGGACUACUACUUAGCCCAGCUCUUAUCCGACCAUUGCGUGGCGGGCACGGCCAACUGUAGCCUGCAGAGACUGCCGGGUGGCGGCCGCUCAAGCAGCCCAAAGAAGCAGGCUGCUGCGAGCCGAAUGGAAAGAGAUCGCCGACUGGAUCGAGAGGAGGAAGACUUCGAUCCCUUGACCAUGGAGCCACCUUGGAACUACCCGAAGAAGUUCUACUGUGGAGCAGGGCGCCGCAUUAGGAAGACGCAGGCGUCCGACUGGCGGCCAGCACGGAGCGGGGAUGCCUCAAGGAGAUCGGCGUUUGUCAUCGCAGUGGGAGACUGGGGUGCCACCACCUGUCCACACGAGACCUGGGAGCAGCACAUGUCAACCUGCGUGAAGUACAUCAUCCAAGAAAGAAGGAGAGGAACUGAUUGGAAGCAGAUCUACCAGAAACCAGGCUUUCUUCGAUGUGGAUCUCUUCAUCACCUUUGCACUUUUCAGCCAGGCCUCUGGGGCACGAAGCAAUGUGACCCAAGCAGUUGGGCAUGGUGGAAGGAUAGCUUUGCACAGUCUUCCGUGGCCAGUGAAAUGGGCCGAGUGGCUGAGCGAGUGAGUUUAGAUUUUGUGAUCUCCACUGGUGACAACUUCUAUCUACGAGGAGUCAUGGAUGAUGUAGACCUGAACUGGCGGAACAUGUUCGAGGAGGUCUAUCAAAACGAAUCCCUGCACGUCCCCUGGCUUGCUGUCUUGGGCAACCACGACUACGGUGGUCACGAGUGCGACAGCUGCCUCUUUGAGGGUGGCACGGGCGGGUGUAGCGGAGCGCAGAUCGGCUACGACGACGAGAAGACGUGGGAGUUCCCGGCUCCAAAGAGGAAACGCUGGGUCAUGCCCGACCGGUUCUAUAAGAAGUCUUUCCAAUAUGAGGACUUUAGCAUCGAUGUGUUUGCCAUUGACUCCAACGGGAAGAAUUCACACUCCCUGUGCCAUGGACAAGCGAUGAUCACGCUUGAGAAGACAUGCAACACUGCGCAGUGCGAGCGCUUCCAUGCGGAACUCUGGCAGCGACAGCUGUCGUGGCUCCAAGAGGAGCUCCCAAAAAGUCAAGCUACCUGGAAGUGGGUUGUGGCGCAUCACCCUUGCGAGAUGUUGGGCACCCCGAUGCUGACGCUCAUGGCCUCCCAGGGCGUCUCGGUGAUUUUCGCGGGACAUGUCCACCAGCUGAGACUCGAUCGCGUGGGCAGCAUCUACUGCGUGGUGUCGGGAGCUGGCGGCGGCUACCAGUGGAAUGGUGGAGGUCACGUCUCCUACACCGUGCAGCAAGGCAGCAAACCAGAAUAUGGCUUUGUUCUGGUGGAGGUGAACAAGAGUAAGACCAUCCUCAGAUUCCAAAAUGAUGCUGGCCAGGUGCUCUGGGAGGACGUCGUGCUGGAUCAUCCAACGAAUGGCGAGAUCCCUCCCAUCCAGCCGGAGGAUGCCAAGGUGCUGGCUGAUCUCGAGGCUGAGGAAGAUCGGGAAAUGGAUACUGGUCUGCCGGGUUCCAGCACAACCAAUACCACUUCCACUGAGAGCGCUGAUGGAUCCAGCACAACCACCACUAUGAAGCCUGAUAGCACAACCAAUACCACUUCCACUGAGAGCGCUGAUGGAUCCAGCACAACCACCACUACGAAGCCUGAUAGCACAACCAAUACCACUUCCACUGAGAGCGCUGAUGGAUCCAGCACAACCACUACUACGAAGCCUGAUAGUGAAGCGGCGAAGCCGUCCGGUACCGAUGCGGUACGGACGUACUUGAAGGUGAUCUUCCUUGUCUUCGUUCUCGUCCUGGUCCUCGUUGUGGCUUUUGUGCGUCGGCGCCGUGCGCUGCGCGCCGCGCGCACUACGCGCCCUGCGGCAGCUCACCGGUCUUCUCGAGGCGUUCUUGUGACCUGGUAUUGUGACCAACAGCAGUUCUUCGGGUUCGGUGUUUUUGUGUCCUGUCCUGAGGUCCUUUGAAGAUAGAAGGACACUUGGAUCCUUUUUGACGCCAUGUAAGCAGAUGAUGGACUCCAACAUGAAGGAUGACCGAUCCUCAAACCAGAUCAGCUCUUGAACUAUCCCAAAAGCACAAAUGAUUCACAUGAAGCUUGUGCUUGUCAGUCGCAUGAUGGUUAUUUUGGAUAUUCCUUCCGAUUGCAUUGCAAGCAGUGAACGACUUGUGGGGGUGUUGCGCCCGGACUCCGUUUCGCCGUUUUCUUCCGUCAGGGGAUGAUGAUGACAUGGGUCUUGAGCUGACUUGAGGAAAAGGAUGAGAGCGCACAGGGACUCCACAGCGACUCCACGAGGGACGAUGAGGAUUUGCGGGGUGCAGGAGAUGCAUGUGACCUCGGGACAGGUGGUGUUUUUGAUGGAAGGCAUACGGAUUAAACUUCCCGCAGGUGAAACGUCUGCGUUGACUGACUGCAUCUGAACAAACUGUUGAACCAAAAAUCUACCUUGCAGGUUUCCUGUUGACCAAAAGGUUAGGAAGUGACUGGGCCAUUCGAUGUACUUAUUCUGCUGUUUCCUUUUCCAAAAGGCUGGUCAAAUGGUAGAAAAAGCGCACGUGAAGGGAAGGGUAUGGAUUUAAAGCCUCUUUGCCAGUUUCAUGUAGUGACCAUGGGGAGAGUCUCCGUUACCCACAGCGUAAGUAGCGCGUUUUGCGCGCGUUUUGCGCGCGCUAACGCGCGCGGGAGAGCACGGGCCGCGAACUCGUGCUGCACGAGUGCCGCACGGGCUCUUCGACUGGUCGAAGGAAGUUGACCCAAAAGGAACAACGGCCAAAGUCCGGUUUCUUUGCCUUAUGUCUUCUCUUCAAGAUUCGGUCCGUG